AUGACCGUCAAGACCUACUUCGACAUCCAAUACACCGAUCCUUCGGGCACUUCAAAAACUGAGCGUGUCACCUUCAACCUCUUCGAUGAGGAUGUCCCAAAGACCGUAGAGAACUUCCGUGCCCUCUGCACUGGCGAGAAGGGCUUCGGAUACAAGGGUUCUUCUUUCCACCGAAUCAUCCCCAACUUCAUGCUUCAGGGUGGUGACUUUACCCGCGGCAAUGGCACUGGUGGAAAAUCCAUCUACGGUGACAAGUUUGCCGACGAGAACUUCAAGCGUGUCCACACUGGCGCCGGUAUCCUCUCCAUGGCUAACGCUGGCCCCAAUACCAAUGGAUCCCAGUUCUUCAUUACAACCGACAAGACCUCCUGGCUCGACGGCAAGCACGUUGUUUUCGGUGAGGUUGCUGAUGAGGCAUCCAUGAAGACCGUCAUGGAUAUCGAGAAGGUUGGCAGCAGCUCUGGCACUAUCACCACCAGCACCAAACCUACUAUCGUCGACUGCGGCCAAUUGUAA